AUAAAUAUAAUUGGAGUAAGCUUCAAGCAAUAUAAGCCUAGAGAAGCCUCAUCAUGUAAGUAGCGACGAAACCUCCUUCGCUUCUUAAUCUCAAAUUUUCCUUUUCUAUACUCUUCGAUUUCAAAUGGGAGAAGACGAUGUUGAUAUUAUGACACCUGAUCGAACCUUCCGUACCACUCCUUGUUCCCAAUGCAAUUUCCCAAUUCAACCAGAUUCAUCAAAUACAUGCAUCCAAUGUUUACGAUCAAAAAACGAUAUCACAUUAGGGUUACCCAAGAAACUCCAUCUCCUUCAUUGCCCCCAAUGCAAAACCUACUCCGAACCUCUCAAAUCAUGGAUCAAACUACAAUUACAACCAAAACAGCUUCUUGAUUUUUGUUUAAUAUUACUAGAAAAGAAUUUGAGUUUCAAUAAUCUCAGAUUGGUUCGUUCUCAAACAAUUCUAUAUGAACCAAUUUCAAAGAUUAUCAAAAUUAGGGCUACUGUUCAGAAAGAGGUUCUUAAUGCAGAAACUCUUCAACAAUCUUAUCUUGUUGAGUUUGUUCAACACAACUGCAUCUGUGAAUCUUGUACAAGAGUUCAGCCUGAUCAUGAUGAAUGGAAUUCUGUUGUGCAAUUAAGACAACAUGGAUGUCUUAAACGUAGUUUCUUUCGAUUGGAUCAUGGUAUUUCGAAGCAUCGUGUUGCUGCUUAUGCCGUGAGAAUCAAUAAGAUGAAACACGGUAUUGAUUACUUUUUCUCCCACAGAAUUCAUGUUAACAAGCUUCUUGAUUUUAUCAAGGGACGGGUUCCUGUGAGGGUUUCUGAGAGUAAAGAACUUGUUUCUCAUGAUACAGAUGAUUAUAGAUACACUUUUUCUGUUGAAGUUUGUCCCAUUUGUCGCCAUGAUUUGAUUUUUCUGCCUCCUAAAGUUGCGUCGAGUGUGGGAAAUAUCGGUCCUAUUGUUGUUUGUACUAAGGUUAGUAAUGUUAUUACUUUGCUUGAUCCGUUUACCUCGACGCAGUGUUGCUUAGAUGGUGAUAUGUAUUGGAGGGCACCCUUCAAGUCUUUGCUCACAAAGGAAGAGUUUGUGGAAUAUAUUGUGCUUGAUGUUAAGGAGGUUUUGUCAAAGGUUAAUGUUGAUGGUAAGAAAUUCAAUUUAGCUAACGUUGAGAUUGCUCGAGUGAAUGAGUUGGGAAAGAAUGAUACGAGAUUUAGUAUCAAGACUCAUCUGGGUUAUCUUUUGAAAACGGGUGAUUAUGCUCUUGGUUAUGACUUGUGGGAGGCUAAUUGUAGUGAUAGUGAGAUUGAAUUGAAGGAGCACAUAGAAGAUGGUGUGAUGUUAAUCAAGAAGAGAUAUGGAGUGACAUGCCUGAUGAAGAGACGUGCAGAGCAUCUGUUGCACUUAAAAGAUUUAGAAGAAAUCACCAAUGAGGUGCUUGGCAUAUCACUAGGUGCUGAAGAGCCCCCUUUGGAGAAGAGGAUGGGCGAUCUUAAUCUAAGUGGUGAUGAACAUAAGGAGAAGAAGGCAAGGAGGAUGGCAUGAUCGGGUAAACAAAAGUAAUUUCUAGGUCGAAUGAAAAAUGUUGCAGUUUUCUUCAUCAUUGUUUCUACAAACUCUUUUGGUUCGCUUUUUCCUGUAUUUUCUCCAAUCUCUGAAUAGAAUGUUAAUGUGUUAUUCACCAAGGUUUCAUCAAUACUCUCCUGCAAUUUUCUGAUCAAUCUGGAUACCAAAAAAUACAGGAACAAGCAGUGAUCAAUAAAGGGUUGUCAAAAAGGAGGGAUUUUGGUUGAUAUGAAACAGUGGUUUGGUGAUUUGACACAUAAUAUUGCUUGCAAAAUGGUGGGAGGGAAGUUAUAUUAAGUAGAUGGCGAAGGUGAAGCUAGGAAGUAUAAGGAAGCAAUGAGAGAUUGGAUGUGUUUGUUUGUCUGAUGCCAUCCCUUUUCUGCAAUAAAUAUUAAGCAUUUUGUGCAUAGAUGAUUCAGCAAGUGGAAAUGGUGCCAGAGAUGGCUAAGCAUUUAUUCUUUUUGGGUUCGUACCCUACUAAAUGCAAAAAAAAAAAAAAAAAAGUUUUUUUUCUUCUGUAUUUUUUGACACGUGACACCAUUAACUAUUUAAU